AUGAACAAGCUCUCCGGGCCGAUACCGCCCGAGCUCGGGAGGCUGCAGAAGAUCACCAGCCUGCUGCUCUGGGGCAAUGCCCUCUCCGGGAAGAUCCCGCCGGAGCUCUCCAACUGCUCGGCAUUGGUGGUGCUCGACCUGUCGGGCAACCGUCUCUCGGGCCAGAACCUGCUCGCCGGCGAGAUACCCAGGGAGAUCGGCAAGCUGCAGAACAUGGUGUUCCUGGACCUGUACUCGAACAGGUUCACCGGACACCUCCCCGCCGAGCUCGCCAACAUCACGGUGCUGGAGCUGCUCGACGUGCACAACAACAGCUUCACGGGGCCCAUCCCGCCGCAGUUCGGGGCGCUCAUGAACCUGGAGCAGCUUGACCUCAGCAUGAACAAGCUCACGGGCGAGAUGCCGGCGAGCUUCGGCAACUUCAGCUACCUCAACAAGCUCAUCCUCAGCCGGAACAUGCUCUCCGGGCCACUGCCCAGGUCGGUUCAGAACCUGCAGAAGCUGACCAUGCUGGACCUGAGCAACAACAGGUUCUCCGGCGCGAUACCGCCGGAGAUCGGCGUGCUGUCAAGCCUGAGCAUCAGCCUGGACCUGAGCGGGAACAGGUUCGCCGGCGAGCUGCCGGAGGAGAUGUCCGGCCUGACGCAGCUGCAGUCGCUCGACCUGUCGAGCAAUGGCCUGCACGGCAGCAUCUCGGUGCUCGGGGCGCUCACCAGCCUGACGUCCCUCAACAUCUCGUUCAAUAACUUCUCCGGCGCCAUCCCCGUGACGCCGUUCUUCAAGACGCUGUCGUCAAACUCCUACGCCGGCAAUCCCAGCCUGUGUGAGUCCUACGACGGGCACAUCUGCGCGUCAGACAUGGUUCGCCGGACCACACUCAAGACCGUCAGGACAGUGAUCCUCGUCUGCGCCAUUUUAGGCUCGAUCACUCUGCUGCUUGUGGUGGUCUGGAUCCUGUUCAACAGAAGCAGGAGGCUCGAGGGCGAGAAGGCGACGAGCCUGUCGGCCGCCGGCGGCAACGACUUCUCGUACCCGUGGACGUUCACGCCGUUCCAGAAGCUCAACUUCUGCGUGGACAGCAUCCUGGAGUGCCUCAAGGAUGAGAAUGUGAUCGGCAAAGGCUGCUCGGGGGUGGUGUACAGAGCGGAGAUGCCCAACGGCGACAUCAUCGCCGUGAAGAAGCUCUGGAAGACGACCAAGGAGGAGCCGAUCGACGCGUUCGCCGCCGAGAUUCAGAUACUGGGUCACAUCAGGCACCGGAACAUUGUCAAGCUGCUCGGUUACUGCUCGAACAAGUCUGUCAAGCUCUUGCUCUACAACUACGUCCCCAAUGGUAAUCUGCAGGAGCUCCUCAGCGAGAACAGGAGCCUGGACUGGGACACACGGUACAAGAUCGCGGUCGGGGCGGCGCAGGGGCUCUCCUAUCUGCACCAUGACUGCGUCCCGGCGAUACUCCACCGGGACGUCAAGUGCAACAACAUACUGCUUGAUUCGAAGUAUGAGGCCUACUUGGCUGACUUUGGGCUGGCCAAGCUAAUGAACUCCCCCAACUAUCAUCAUGCCAUGUCGCGCAUCGCCGAGUACGGCUACACGGCGAACAUCACGGAGAAGAGCGACGUGUACAGCUACGGCGUGGUGCUCCUGGAGAUCCUGAGCGGGCGGAGCGCCAUCGAGCCGAUGGUCAGCGACAGCCUCCACAUCGUGGAGUGGGCCAAGAAGAAGAUGGGGAGCUACGAGCCGGCGGUGAACAUCCUGGACCCCAAGCUGCGCGGCAUGCCGGACCAGCUGGUCCAGGAGAUGCUGCAGACGCUGGGCAUCGCCAUCUUCUGCGUGAACCCGGCGCCGGCGGAGCGGCCGACCAUGAAGGAGGUCGUGGCCUUCCUCAAGGAGGUGAAGAGCCCGCCGGAGGAGUGGGCCAAGACGUCGCAGCAGCCGCUCAUCAAGCCCGGCAGCCAGGAAGCCUGA